AUGCCCCGAAGACCGGCCGAGGGAGCUGUGUGUGCCAGGCUGUGGUUGUCACUACAAAUCACUCCGCCGUGUGAAAGCGAACAACACUAUGAACACUCUGGACGGUGCUGCACAAAGUGUGAGCCAGGAAAGUAUAUGUCUGCUAGAUGCACUGGUACUUCUGAUAGCGUGUGCCAGCCAUGUGGCCCAAACGAGUAUAUGGAUGUCUGGAAUGAAGAAGAUAAAUGCUUACUACAUAAAAUAUGUGAUCAAGGGAAAGCUUUGAGAGAAGUGAACCCAGGGAACAGCACGUUCCAGCGGCAGUGCGCUUGUACGAUGGGCUACCACUGGAAUGAAGAUUGCGACUGCUGUCAGCGAAAUACCAUAUGUGCUCCAGGGUUCGGAGUUGAGCAUCCUGUGCAACAAGACAAGGACACGAUGUGCACACCAUGUCCCAGAGGCUACUUCUCAAAGGUCGCUUCAUCCACCGACGAGUGUAAAUCCUGGACCAACUGUACAGCUCUAGGAAUGGCAGAAACAGUGCCUGGGACUGACAAGUCGGAUGCAGUUUGCGCAGAACGGAAGAUGCCUGAGCCAUCGGAAGAUGGAACAAACAAGAUCUUAUAUGUGUUGAUUGUCAUCUUGUUUUUUGUGGCACUAAUUGGCAUUGUCAUCUUCAUCGUAUACUACAAGAAUAAGGGAAAAAAGCUGACAGCAGAUCUACAGAAUUGGGCUAACGAAGUGUGCAGCCAAAUAAAAGGAACAAAGGAGCACCCCAGAGAUGCAUUUGUUACCGUGAACAUCACAAAUGCAGCUGUCCUCCAGACCUCUGAAGGCGUGUGUCUCCUGGGCCCCGCUUGCUCUUCUGCCUCUGGAAACUCGUGCUGCACCAGCGGCCACACUCCUUGCAGCAAUGGGAGCCCCAGCAUGGCGCCGUGCGAGGCGGGAGGGAGCCUCCAAGAGUUUUCUGUGGUAACUGAAACUGAUGACCAUUUCCCACCAGUUCCCACAGAGGAUGAAUACACGGAUAAGGAUCUCAAUACCGCUGAUUAUUUAUCUUUACUGAGUCGGACUGCCAGUAAAACAGUGUCGUCAUUUUCAGAACCGAUGGAGGCAGGGGAGAAUGACAGCUUAAAUCAGUACUUCUCAGGGAUUGGGAGCACAGAGGACGUAUCAGUCCCUCAAGGUUCUCGCCCUUCCUCUGACACAGAUGGGGCACACACUGCCACGGACAAACUUCUUCAGAAAUCUUGCCAACAUGCCCACAGUUGCCUGAAGGAAACGGGCAACAAAGACACAGAUCGUUUUACAACAAACUAUGACUCAGAGAAGACCUGUGUGAGAUGUGGCAUUUCGUACAGGGAAUCUCCCAGAAAGUGGAGCAAGUCCUGUUGUGCUGUGACUGACAGUGCCUCCACCUCCCCAGAAACUGGAUCCCAUGCACAGUGCACCUGUGGCUUGAAUUUUCUCUCUGCUGGUCAGAGCACUCUAGCAAGUGAUCACAGUAUGGAAGAUGCAUCUUCAGAUAGUACCAACAUGAAGUACCAGAACACAAACAGAAGCACUUCAGGGACAAACAGCAGCACUUCAGACCUCCCUCCAGCAUCUGGAAAUGUGACUGGAAACAGUAACUCCACCUUUAUCUCGAGUGGACAAGUAAUGAAUUUCAAGGGCGACAUCAUUGUUGUCUACCUUAGCCAAAACUCCCAGGAGGGGGCAAUGGCCUCGGGGCUGAGCGAGGAAAACGUGGGCAGCCCCGUGCAGGAGGAAAACCUCAGCCGCUGCGAGACUUUUGCCGGCAACGCCCAGCACUACAAGGAGAAGUGUGCCGAGCUGCAGGGCAUCUGCCCGCGGGGCCCAUCCUCCUGCAGGCAGGCCUCGCAGCCCGUGCAGGAGGAGGGGAGGCUGGGACACUUCUCGGAGAAGGUGUUGAACUGA